AUGAAGUGGUUUCAGAGACUAGUGAAGGCCAAGGGCAGCAUCCCCUCCGGGUCCAAUUCCUAUCAGGUGCAGAAGAUCCUGGGCUCAGGCUCUUACGGCACGGUUGCCCUCUGUCGCAAAAACAACGCUGACCAGAAAGUGGCACUGAAGGUGGUGAAGAAUCCUGAUCGUGAGGGUCCUUUAAUGGAAUACCUGAGUACAUUUGGAUCUGCGUCCCACCACAUCGUCCAGUGGUUCUGCAGCUUCAAUUUUAACGGCCAUGUCUGCCACGAGUAUGAGGUGCUGGAUAUUAGUCUGGGAGACUUUUUGAAAACGUCCUCGACUCUGCCGCUCCACCACAUCCGGCCAAUCCUCACACAGAUGGCCGAGGCUUUGAAGUUUUUAAAGAGCGUGAAGUUGAUCCACGGAGACCUGAAGCCGGCCAACAUAAUGUUGGUGGAUCGUGUAGGGAAGCCCUUCCAGGUCAAAAUUGUAGACUUUGGACUGGCUCGUCCUGCACGUCUCGCAAAGCAGGGUAGAUUUUUCGGGACACGUUGCUACAGCACCCCGGAAAUGGCUGUAGGAGCGCCUGUGCACUAUGCUUUGGACAUGUGGUCGCUGGGAUGCAUAGCUGCGAAGAUGUUCCUUGGACAACGGCUCUUCAGCGCCAGAAAUUCUUGUGAACUGUCAUCAUGUGUUUCUGUGGAAAUGAAGAGACCAGGCUCCAUUGGAAAACUGGAGGAUAUUUUCAUGAUGAAUCCACACGGCUGUGGGGAUCUACAUCUCUUUGUAGACCUCAUGAAACGGCUGCUGGACAUGGAUCCAGAUUCAAGGAUUGACCCCCAGGAGGUGUUGGAUCAUCCCUUCAUCAGCCCAUCCCUCCUUCUACAGAGUCUUCCAAUUGUCCAGGAUGCACCAGCCCUAGAAAUUCUCGGGGCACAAAACACUGCACCCCACCUGGUCCUGUACCAUCUCAGGCACCACUGGUUCCUGGUUCCUCAGCACCGGACCAUAAGCCUCAUUCUACAGAGUCUUCCCAUCGUCCAGGAUGCCCUAAAGAUUCUCGGGGCAAAAAACCCCACACGCCAACUGGUCCUGUACCAUCUCAGGCACAUCUGGUUCCGGGUUCCGCAGCACCGGACCACAAACCUCGCGCCCCUGGGAAACAGAAGGCAAGAAGUGGGUCUCCAAUGGAUCAAUCACAGCUCCCAAACACAGGCCCACGCACUUACCUCCGUCAAAAAAGAGGUGGACACAAGCAGUGUUCCUUCUAGGAUGUGUGUGUGUGCAAUUAUGCAGAUCUUUUGA